AUGGCAUUCGUCGUUGUCACGUGGCGUUGUUUCAAGAAAUACUUACCGUUAAUCACUUCGUUUAUAUUCUUCCUUAUUCUAUUCUAUACAAACGCUGUUGUAACAACAAUUGCUGAUCGUAUUGCACCUUAUUAUCAAGCUGCUCUACCUGAUGUUGGUCAUAAACUGUUACCCUAUUGGACUUAUUAUCAAGUGAAUAAUUACACAAUUAUUGUUGCGUAUGUGUUCGUCUUCAUACGAUUUUUGCCUCAAUCAGAUAUUCGCAUAACUGUUUUCCGUCGAUGGUUUUUCGUUCAAGGUCUAAUGUUUGGCAUGCGUAGUAUUUCCAUUUAUAUCACUUCAUUGACAGUACCACAGCCGGGUUGCAUCACAAAUGUAACAGCACUAGCUACACCAGCUGUUGAAGCGUUUUAUGUCAUCGUCGGAAUACAUGCAACUUGUGGCGAUGUACUUUUCUCGGGUCAUACAGUAGCAUUGACUAUUUGUGCUCUUUGUUGGACAACUUAUGCUCGCGCAGAUGAAUAUCGACCGUUUGUAUUUCUCUAUCGAAAAUGUGGAUGUACACGGCAAUUUCAUUUUCCAGAAUGGUUAUUCUAUCCAAAACUAGAUGCCGUAGGAGAUCCCAUGACAUUGUAUUUCACUACCUACAUUGUUUGGCUAUAUUCAAUUAUGGGUUAUUUAUUCAUCAUUGCAACGCGAUUUCAUUACACUGUUGAUGUUUUUCUCGGAUGUUUGUUGACGGUGUUAACUUGGUAUACAUAUCAUUCUUAUGUGAAAAGACUUUUAGAGAAAAGAAGGUUUAUCAUUGCUCGAAUAUUCGUAUGGUUUGAAGGAUUAGAAGGUGAUGCGACAACAUCAAUAAGUUUACUCAAUGGACCUGUUCUCAACCAACCUACAGAACUACCACCUGUUGCUGUUGUUACUGCCGGUGAUGCGCAAAGGUGA